GCAGCCCUCACAGGUCUAUUGUAAAUUGGGUCACAAACAAUUUUUGGAGAAGCAGAUCCUCAACUGUGGAACCUUGGACUGAAUAACUGAUAUAUAGUUUUAGUCUUCCAACAGAACAUCAUGGCGCAAGAAAUAUGUGUUUUUCUAUUUUCCCUGACGGCUCUUGGUGUCCUUUAUACUAUGAACAAUGUUCCUGCAUUUCAAGAGCCAGUGGUUAUUCUGGAAAUUGGAGUGGCUGUUCUUGCGGCAGUGUUUCUCUUGGUCUACAUUGCUACUCGCAACAAUCCUCCUAAAGACCCUUUAUUCUAUGUUUUUGCAGAGUUUUCCUUCACGUGUGUCAUUGACCUCACAAGUGCUUUGGAAUAUGAUGGCUUUGCUUCAGGGUUCAUGGAGUUCUACCAGAAAACGGGUGAGCCUUAUCUCGGAACAUCCUAUGCUAUCAUGAUGUGCUAUUGGGAUGGUAUUGUACACUUCAUCAUCUACCUGCUACUGGUGCACCGCAUGUCAAACCGGCAACAAUACCGCACAUUGGGACUCUUUUGGGCUGGAUCAUUGUGUGCCAACAUGGUAGUGUUUGUACCAGGAAUAAUGGUUGGUAAAUAUGGUUCAGAGAUCCGUCCUGCCUUCUGGCUCAACAUGCCCUUCUUGCUAGUGCCCAUAUGGGGAACGGUGUCCCUUUUCUCCAGACCGAGGGAUAUGCCUCUUGUAGGUGCAUCCAAGGCAGAACGUGAGCAGAAAAAAGCUUUGUUCUGGCGCCCCCUGGAUCUGCUGUUGGUAAUUUACCUAGUAGCUGCCAUGGCUUUCACUAUCUUUAGAGGAUUGGCAGUUCUUGAUUGCCCACUGGAAAUCCUCAACAAAUAUGUGACGGAGUAUGAACCAUAUUUGAAGGAUCCUGUGGGGUUCGCCAAAGUUAUGAUGUUGCUCCACUUAUUCCAUGCGCUUCCAAUGCUGGGUUCAUUUGCAUAUGGGUUGUAUACACCUGGCUGCACCUGGAUGCUGGAUUGGACCAUAUAUUUUGCAGGUGCAAUUUUACAGUGCCAGUGGUCACAUAUCGGAGCUUCUCUGCACCCACGCACUGCAGAAAUGUACAGAAUUCCUACCGCGGCCCUGGUGCCCGUCCUCCUCCUCAAUUUGCUGUAUGCCGUGGGUCCUGUACUGCUCGCCUUACGCUGCAAACGAGGGCCAGACUACUUCCUUUCCAUCGCACCUGUUGGCCAAACCAACCAUGAGAAGAAAAUAAGCUAAAUAAAUAAAUUUAUAAAUAAACCGACAAACACUGCAUACUCUUACAAACACUGACUUGAAAAGGGUAGUUCACCCAUAAAUGAAAAUUCUGCCAUUAUUUACCAAACCAUUGGUAACAAGGUUCUGAAGAUGGGCAAGGAGUAGGCAGUAACCAGCUGAACAGUCAUCGUAAAACUUUAAUAACAAACUGAACUCAAACAUAAUAUAAACUGCAAAAAAAAACAAAGACACAAACACACAGCUUCGUGCGUCUCUCUCUCGCUCUAGUAUCCUCACGGCCUGGCCAUGCCCUCCUCCUCAUCACACUAUUGAAUCCAUUCUUUCCUGCAACACCAAAGAAGACAACUCGAUUUUGGCGCCACUCUGUGGACAUUUCAUGCGGAAACUGAAGCUCACAUGUGCCUUUACCUUCAACAACACUUCCAGCUUCGGCCACUGGGGGAAGUGGUUUGAAUUUUGGUAAGCACAGGCUGAUUUUGGCAGAAUAACUUUUGACCUACUGUCAGAAUGAGUAAUUGAUGACAGAAUAUUUAUAUUUGGGUGAACUAUACCUUUAAUACUGCCAUGUUUCAUCAGAUUCUCAGUAAAAAAAAAACACAUUUCAAGAUUUAGUUUUAUUGUCAAAGCACUAAAUAUUACAUUGAAGUGCUUGAUACUUUUAGAUAUACAUGAAAUCCUGUUAAUUUGGUAAUCACAUUAAAUUUCACUAAAUGUCUUAUUGUGUCAGUUGCCAGAGUUUUGGCUAUUACUAAAUUCCUCAUGAGAAAAACAACACUAAAUUGCAUGAGGCAGAGAUCAUUAAACCACUGGUUAUUCUACCUGUCUUGAGACAACGAGGCAUUUAACAAUGUGCAGGUUAUUUGCCCUCUGUCCUACACUGUGAAAAUGUGAUCUGUGGCAAUUCCAGUUUGCUUACUUGAAUCCCAAGUUCUGUGUUUCCCAAACAAAUAUGAUAGUUACAUCAAAAAAUUUAAUAAA